AUGUUGCGUCUCGUUUCAAGCGUGUCGCGACCCACGUCGACGGGACUACUCGGAAAGGUUGCUGUGUCGGCGCAGACAUCACAUAGCAGUCGCAGGACGUUUGCUUCAACGUCUAGUCGUGGGGCGGAUAUCACACUCACCGUGGACGGCAAGGAAGUUACCGUACCGCAGGGAUCCGCGUUAAUUCAAGCCUGCGAGGCUGCUGGAUCGACAAUACCCAGGUUUUGCUAUCAUGACAGACUGGCUAUUGCGGGCAACUGUCGAAUGUGCUUAGUCGAAGUCGAACGAUCACCAAAACCCGUUGCAUCGUGUGCCAUGCCCGCCAUGCCUGGGUCUAAAGUUUGGACAAAUACACCGCUUGUUCAUGAAGCCAGGGAGGGUGUCAUGGAAUUCCUACUCGCCAAUCACCCUCUCGACUGCCCUAUUUGUGACCAAGGUGGUGAAUGCGACCUACAAGACCAAUCUAUGCGAUACGGCUCGGACCGAACACGGUUCCACGAAAUCACUGGCAAACGUGCUGUGGAAAACAAAGACCUUGGCCCAUUGGUCAAGACUUCCAUGAAUCGCUGUAUUCAAUGCACGCGGUGUGUGCGGUUUGCCAACGAGGUUGCCGGUGUGGAGGAGCUGGGUACAACGGGUCGCGGAAACGACAUGCAGAUUGGAACCUACGUAGAGAAGACGAUGGAUUCUGAGCUCUCAGGCAACAUCGUGGAUCUGUGUCCAGUCGGUGCACUGACAAGUAAACCGUAUGCGUACCAUGCUCGUCCUUGGGAGUUGAAGAACACGGAGUCGAUCGACGUCAUGGAUGCAGUUGGGUCGAAUAUCCGCGUCGAUUCUAGAGGUGUCCAAGUGAUGCGCAUUCAACCACGGACAAAUGACGAUGUCAACGAGGAGUGGAUUAGCGACAAAACGCGAUAUGCUUAUGACGGUCUCAAGUUCCAGCGCCUGACUGUCCCUCUCGUGAAGCAAGGCGACCGCUUUGUGGGUGCGACGUGGGAGGACGCCCUUGCUGCCAUAGCUGAGGGUCUUGCUACCUCAGGCGCGAAGGGGGACGAGAUUCAGGCCAUCGCUGGCCACCUCGCGGACACAGAGGCGAUGGUUGCCCUCAAGGACUUCGUCAACCGACUGGGUUCCGACAACCUUUGCCUUGACCAGCCCGGAGGCAGCGAACCACCCGCACAUGGCAUCGAUGCUCGCUCGAAUUACCUCUUCAACAGCACAAUCCCCGGUGUUGAGAAGGCGGAUGCCAUUCUACUUGUUGGCACGAACCCUCGACACGAAGCCGCUGUCCUGAACUCGCGCAUCCGCAAGAGCUGGCUGCACACAGGCCUCGAGAUUGGGCACAUCGGCGAUCGAGCGGAUACGACAUACGGCUACGAUUACUUGGGCCAGGAUGCCAAGGCCCUUAGUGACUUCAUCGCGGGCAAGGGACCGUUCGUGGAGAAGUUCAAGAACGCGAAGAAGCCGCUCAUCGUUGUCGGCAGCGCACUUGCUGAGCACCCUGACGGCAAGGCGAUGUACAACCAGCUGGCGCGGUUCGUGGAGACAAACAAGGCGAAGCUGCUGACACCAGAGUGGAACGGCUUCAGCGUUCUGCAGCGGAUUGCCUCUCGACCAGCAGCGUACGACAUCGGCUUCGUACCAUCAAAACGAGCCUCCCAUGCUAAGCCCAAGUUCAUUUACCUCCUCAACGCCGACGAGGUCGACCCCAAGUCGAUUCCUCAAGACGCAUUCGUUGUCUACCAAGGCCACCACGGUGACCUCGGUGCGCAACUAGCGGAUGUCUGCCUUCCUGCUGCUGCCUACACCGAGAAGAGCACGACGUGGGUCAACACGGAGGGUCGGGCCCAGAUGGGUCGUGCUGCCGUGCCGCCACCUGGUGCUGCUCGUGAGGAUUGGAAGAUCGUUCGUGCUCUGUCUGAAGUCGUCAGCAGCCCACUACCCUACGACGACGUCCUCGAACUGCGCGAUCGACUAUGGGAGAUCUCGCCUACGCUUGUACGGUAUGAUGUCACGGAGCCCACCUCAGUUGAUGUCACUCUGGCUGGACUGAAGACACUCGCUACACUAACAGCCGACGCGAAGGCCACCAACACGCCUCUACGGAAACCUAUAGAGAACUUCUACCAGACCGACCCCAUCUCAAGAGCGUCCGUCACGAUGGCACAGUGCACUCGCGCCUUCGUGAAGGGUGAAAAUUACGGCUUCAGCGAGAUUGGCAAGGAGUCUCAAGCUGCUUUUGCAUGA